AUGCGCUUUCAACAUUUAGAGUCUUUAUCCUUAUGUGGUUGUACGGAGCUCAAUGAUUCAGGAUUAACCCGUCUGCUAAGCUAUGGUUCGAAUUUACAGAAACUUAAUCUAGAUUGUUGUUUGAAAGUUACUGAUUACGGGCUAUCCCUGGUUGCUUCUGGUUGUCCCUCAUUGACGUCAAUUAGUCUCUAUCGGUGUAUCAACAUUUCUGAUGACGGAUUAGAGACUUUAGCCACUGCUUGUUUAUCUUUGAAAUGCAUAAACCUCUCGUACUGCUCACAAAUAUCCGACAAAGGGUUGAAAGCUCUUACUCAGAGGUGUCGUCAGCUUCAGGCAGUUAACAUAUCACACUGUGAGAGUAUAAGAGGUGUUGGCUUCAAAGGGUGUUCAAAAUCUCUCACACAUGUAGAGGCUUGGUCUUGUAAGCUCAACCCAGAAGGGGUGACGGGAGGUUGUCAGAGUGCUCACACAGCUGCUAUUGCUGUUCUGUGUGCUGAGAGAGGAAUUACGUCACAUCUGCUUCUACGAGGAGAGCAGCCUGAAAUCUUGACUGGCUAUAACUUGAUGUCUACAAUAUAUGGAAAUGUCACAUAUGUUCCGAGAACUAUGUACGCCAACAGGGAAGAAAUGCUAAAGAACUAUGCUAGGUCAGUGGCCGGAAACAGUGGUGCUUUCCUAUGGUUCAAUGAUAUCAUUCAAGCUUCUUCAACAGGCGAAUUGUCUACUUCUCAAAAUUUUACGAAAAUGGACGCAAGUAGAAGUGAGAGAAACCAUCUUCAAAAGAUUUUAGUUGUCAACGAAGGGGCUGGUGAUUCUGUUGCUCUACUAGGUAUUAUUCGGUUAGUGCAAUACUUAUCACAAAAUCAUUUACUUGGGAAACAAAGAGCCACAAAAUUUGUCGUUGAUGCUGGUACUGGCACAGCAGCUAUUGGUAUAGGACUUGCAGCCAUUUUCUUUGGACUUCCGUGGGAGGUACACGCGGUUAUGCUGGCAGAUAAAAUUGAUGGGUACCGAAAGCAGGAAAAGAACUUGAUUGUUGAAUUCAGUAAGCAUUUCAAUGUUGAGUUUCUUGACCACGACGUAAACAAAGAAGAUGCUGGGAUUGUGCAUUGGGUGGAACGUGACCGUCCAAGAAAGUUACAGAUUCAAUUUUGCGCUGCUUACAUUUUCAUCGGGGUUGUUUGCAUUCUUCUUUAUUUUGGAGGUCAAAAGCAAAGAGUUGCAAUUGGAAGAGCAAUUUUGAAAGAUCCAAAAAUAUUACUUCUUGAUGAAGCUACAAGUGCCCUUGAUGCCGAGUGUGCAUGUAUUGAUACUAACUUGUGCAUUUGUAUGUUCUUUUUAAACCUUGGUGAUUUCCUUGUGCAGAAACUAGGGGAAGGUGUGAAAGGGGUGUAUAUCUCGAUAGACGUGGAUUGUCUUGAUCCUGCAUUUGCUCCGGGAGUGUCUCAUAUUGAACCGGGAGGUCUUUCUUUCCGCGAUGUUCUUAACAUCCUACACAAUCUUCAAGGUGAUGUUGUUGCUGGAGACGUCGUUGAACUCAACCCACAACGCGAUACUGUUGAUGGAAUGACUGCUAUGGUAGCUGCUAAGUUGGUCAGAGAAAUGGCUGCAAAGAUUGCAAAAUGA